AUGAGAGCCACCUGCAGGGAUCUGUUAAGGAGCGGGUGGCAAGCUGUCGAGUCAGUGGCGCCAGGGAGUGACGCAGCCGCCUGCAGCCGCGCUGUGGUGCUUGCACUAGACCUCGCUGUGGUGAUCUCCCCGGCUCUAACCGCAGGGCGCAUGAUGACGACGGCAGCGGCAUCGGGAGCAUUCUGGCGCGGCCGAGGUCGACGCUUCGGUGGAGUCCUGGCCAGGCUGCAGUAUUCGGUGAGGGAGGCAUAUCUAGUUGCCAUCUGGGUUCCUCUACAGUGGUGCGAGUGGUCCGGGACGGUGCCUCUACAGUGGUGCGAGUGGUCCGGGAUACCUGGGGAGCAGACAUGUUUGAUCCCGCUGACAGCAGUGCGCGCGGAACGCAUGCGCCAAUCGUUAACCUUUUACCGUUUGUGGCUGCGGGCCGCCUGGGCAGUGCAGCAGAACCUUCAGGACACGGUGCACGGAAUAGCUUCAGAGCCCUUUGCAAAGUCAGGUCGGGCGCACGCAAUGUGCGAGCAGGCCAAGCACAGAGUGUACAAGGCCCUGGCAACAGGACGCGCCUGUCGGCGGUUGACGGCGCGCCGGGCGGCGACAUCAGCGGAGGAGACCGCCGACGACGCAGGGUCCUCGUGGAAAUACGACUUGGUCCGUUCUGUCGGCGAGGAGUGCCAGACCGAGCCGGAGUUGAGGAAACUGGUGGAGAAGAAGCCGGACUUUGUUUGCUACGACGGCUUUGAGCCGAGCGGGCGAAUGCACAUUGCGCAGGGCGUCUUCAAGUGCGUCAACGUCAACAAGUGCACCAAGGCUGGCGGCAAGUUCAUUUUUUGGGUGGCAGACUGGUUCGCGCUCAUGAAUGACAAGAUGGGAGGCGACAUUGACAAGAUUCGCACGGUUGGAGAGUACUUCGUGGAGGUCUGGAAAGCCACCGGCAUGGAUAUGUCGCGGGUGGAGUUCCUCUGGUCUUCGGAGGAAAUCAGCAAGCACGCCGAGCAGUACUGGGGCCAGGCUCUGCACAUCGCGUCCUGCUUUACCCUGGCAAGGGUGAAGAAGUGCUGCCAGAUCAUGGGCAGAGACGAGGACUCCCUGACCGCCGCGCAGAUCCUCUAUCCUCUCAUGCAGUGUGCGGACAUCUUCUUUCUCAAGGCAGACAUCUGCCAGCUGGGCGUCGACCAGCGUAAGGUGAACAUGCUUGCAAGGGACUACUGCGAUGCCGCAGGCAGGAAGCUAAAGCCGGUCAUCCUGUCCCAUCACAUGCUCUACGGCUUGAAGAAAGGGCAGGCGAAGAUGUCCAAGUCCGACCCAGAUAGCGCCAUCUUCAUGGAGGAUGCUGUAGAGGACGUCGUCCGAAAAAUCGGCGGUGCCUACUGCCCCUCCGCCCCUGAGGACAUGGCGACGUCGCAGCCCAAGAGCUCCGAAGGAAUGUCUUUGGUGGAGGACGACCUCAUGAAUCCAUGCCUUGACUACAUCCGGUACACACUGUUCUCUCAGGAGGGCUAUGUCUUCAAGGUCGCCGGCGGCAAAGCCUACGAGACCUUCGAGGACGUGAAGCAAGACUUCAUGGGCGGCCACAUCUCCGAGAGUGAGCUGAAAGAGAGCCUCACGAAGGAGGUGAACGCGCUGCUCGAGCCGGUGCGACGCCACUUCACCGAGGACGAGCACGCGAAGGAGCUGCUGGCCAAGGUGACAUCCUGGCGCAAGGAGACUUUGGAGAAGAAGUCCUCUCUGGUUCGUCUGAGUUUGGACAGCCUCCUCGAAGGGGGGGAUGCCAAGCUCUCCGUCAUCUUCGCCCCGGCGCCCUCCGAGUACGUUCGCUUGUCAGAUGUACUGGAGGUCUUAGAGAGACUGCGUUCCGCCAGUGGACAGCGGGUGCUGUGGCUUCAGGACUGGAGCGCGAGAUGCCUCGGCUUGGCGGGUGGCUCGGUCGACUGCAUCAACGGCUUCUACGAGCUGCUCCUGCACGGCCUCCGGUCGUUGGACCCACAGCUCAUGGAAGAGGUGCAGGUCCUCUGGCAGAAACAGGCCAUCCUCACCGGCCCUUCAGACUACUGGACCUCAGUCAUCAAUACCGGACGGGAGUGCUCGCUGGAGGCGAUCCGCAAAGCGCUGCCCGAGGGGGAGACCCUCGACUCUGCUUCGCAGGUGGUGGUAGCCAUCAUGCACGUGGGGGACGUCCUAGCUCUGGCUGGAGGCAAGCGAGAAGCGGUUCUCUGCUGCGGUCCACACCACAGGAAUCUCCACCACCUGGCGGCGGAACACUUCGAACAAAUGGGGCUCCAGGUGCCAAAGAUCGAAUGCACCGACAUGCCCAUGCUGCGUCUGCAGAGCCCGGGUGAUGGCUUGGAGGCUGAUACCCAGAUCCUGGUAACUGACAAGGAGAUGGAUGUCAACAGAAAGGUCAAGAAGGCCUUCUGUGAGCCUGGGAAUGUGGAGUUCAAUCCCCCCGUGGCCUGGGUCGAGGCCUUGCUGCCGACGCUGCCAGAGAAGCAGUUCGUCGUCAAGCGAAAAGAAGCGAACGGGGGCGACCUCGCCUACGAAGAGAUCGCGGUGCUCACGGAGGACUUUGCCAGCGAAGCGCUGCACCCUGGCGACUUGAAGCCAUCGUUGGGAAAGGCGCUGAACAGCGCAAUGGCAGACAUCCGAGCUGGCAUCAAGGCUUCUGGAGAUCUGAAGAAGGCUGAGAAGAAGCUCGCGGCCUACAUCAAGUCGCUGCAGAAAAAGAAGAAGUGA